AUGUUGCGGUUUUUCUGUCCACCUCCGGUUAUGGUUUUUAUGAAUAUAGUUAGUUGGAAUAUUAGAGGUGCGGCAGCUAGAGGUGUGUCCCUCAUGCUUAGGGACCUUGUGCAUCGUCAUUCGGUGUCUUGUCUUGCGGUUUUGGAGCCACGGAUUAGUGGGCCCAGAGCUUUGUCUAUUAUCAGGAGCUUGGAGUUCCAGGGGGUCCAUGUGGAGGAUGCAGUUGGGUUUUCUGGAGGCAUUUGGAUUCUUUGGGAUACUUCCAUCUUAGACAUUCAUGUGUUGCGUUCUCAUCGUCAGUUUGUCCAUACCAAGGUUAGAAUUAUUGGUACGUCUCAUGCGGCCUUCGUCACCUUUGUCUAUGGGAGCCCCCAAGCUUCUUUGAGAGCGGAGUUGUGGGAGGCUCUUCCGAGUCUUCUUCCUAAUCAUGAUGCUCCUUGGAUGGUGUUAGGUGAUUUUAAUGCGUACUUAGAGGCGAGUGACAAGGCGGGGGGAGGUGCGUUGAAUCUUCCUUCUAUGCAGCGAUUCCAGUCUUGUCUCACAGCUUGUGGCCUUUUUGAUAUGGGUUUUAAGGGCCCACCCUUCACCUGGGAGGGGAGGGGUGUGAGGGAGAGGAUCGAUAGAGGUGUCUGUAAUACCCUUUGGAUGCACUACUUUCCAGAGGCGGUCAUUCUUCAUCUCCCUCAGUUGAAGUCUGAUCAUAAGCCUAUUCUUAUGGCAUCUUCAGGCAUUGUGGAGCAGCGUCACUUUGUGCGCCCGUUCAGGUUUCUGGCUAGCUGGUUAACUCAUGAUGAUUUCCCCCGGGUGGUGGAGGAGUCUUGGCAGCGAGGUGACGACUGGCUUCAUUCUUCUAAUGGCUUCCGUGAGGAUGUGCUUGUUUGGAACCAGGAGGUGUUUGGCAAUAUUCUCAAAAGAAAGAGGCGGUUGAUUAGGAGGCUUGAGGGGAUUAAUCAGAGGCUUAGCAUGGCUUUUGAUAGGGGCCUUGAUACCCUUCAGAGGUCUCUUUGGAAGGAGUAUAACGCCGUCUUGGUUCAGGAGGAGCUCCUUUGGAUGCAGAAAUCGAGGUGUUUAUGGCUCCAAUUUGGAGAUCGGAACACUUCCUUUUUCCAUACAGCAACUCUGGUUCGUAGAAAGAGGAACAAAAUUGAGGCUCUUUUGAAUCAGGAUGGUGAUCUAAUCACUGAUUAUAAUGCUCUUAAGGAGCUUGCCUUUGUUUUUUUCAGGGAUAGCUACAUGGAUGAGGGUGGUGGAGGGAGUCUUACUUGUUCUACGUCCUUUUCUCCCCUCCCUGCAGCUUUUCUGAAUCACUUCCAAGCAGAGUUUGAUGCUAGUGAGAUUAAGGAUGCAGUGUUCAGCAUGGGUCCUCUCAAAGCCCCGGGCCCAGAUGGGUUUCAACCUAUCUUUUUUCACUCUCAAUGGCAUACUGUGGGUGACUCAACAGUUGAUUUUGUCAUGCGGUGUUUUGCGGACCCUUCUCGUAUCAGCCAGGUGAAUGAGACCUUGAUUGUUCUGAUACCUAAGAUAGAUAGUCCGGAGAGAAUUACACAUUAUAGGCCCAUCUCUCUGUGUAAUGUGAUUUACAAGACGAUUACUAAAGUUAUUACUAAUAGGUUGAGAUCAGCUAUGGGGGACUUGGUCUCUCCUAACCAGUGCAGUUUUGUUCCUGGGAGACACAGUUCUGACAACAUAAUUAUUGCUCAGGAGGUUUUCCAUUCCAUGCGAUCUAGGAAGGGAGCUAAGGGGUGGAUGGCUAUGAAAGUGGAUCUAGAGAAGGCGUAUGAUAGAUUGAGCUGGUCCUUUCUCCUUGAUACCUUGAAGCUUAUUGGGUUAGAUGAUCACAUGUGCUCUCUUAUUAUGCAAUGUGUGUCUUCUUGCAGGUAUCAGGUGUGCUUUAAUGGGGAUAGAACAGAUUCUUUUAUUCCCCAUAGAGGUCUUCGGCAAGGAGAUCCACUCUCUCCGUACCUAUUUGUUCUGUGUAUGGAGCGACUUGCUCAUAAAAUCAAUGAUGCUAUCACUGAUGGAGGUUGGAAGCCUGUUAGGCUUUCUAGGAAUGGUCCGCCAAUUUCCCACUUAUUUUUUGCAGAUGAUCUUUUACUAUUUGGUGAAGCAUCUAUGGAACAGAUGGAGACGGUCAUGACUUGCUUGGGAGACUUUUGCUCCGCCUCUGGGAUGAAGGUUAGCAUUGCAAAGACAAGGAUGAUGAUCUCUUCGAAUGUUGGCACACAUGUGGCUUCUCAACUUAGUCAUGUUGCUGGUGUUGCAUUGACUUCUGACCUGGGACGCUAUCUAGGUGUUCCCCUAGUCCAUAAGCGUGUGACUGCUACCAACUACCAGUAUAUCUUGGACAUAACUCAACGCAGGCUUUCCUCUUGGCGUACACAUGUUCUUAAUUUUGCAGGGAGGGUUACUUUAACUAAGUCAGUCAUUGCUGCCCUACCUACUUACUGCAUGCAAACAGACCUCCUCCCCAAAGCUGUUUGUAAUAAACUAGAGAAAAUUCAGCGUGAUUUUAUAUGGGGAUCAGCGGAAGGAAAUAGAUCUUCUCAUCCUGUGGCUUGGUCUAAGCUGUGUCGGCCUAAGCAAGAAGGGGGCCUGGGUCUCCGCCACAUGCAUGACUUCAACCGUUCGCUUGUUAUGAAGAUGGGGUGGGGCUUAAUCUCUAAACCGGAUGCACUGUGGGCUAGGGUUUUGAGGGAUAAAUAUGCUUGUGGUUCUGCUCCUUUGCCUGUUGUCCAGAAGAAGCACAAUGAAUCUCAUAUCUGGCGCGCCAUUCGGAAGACUUGGGAGGAGCUGAAUCUUCAUCUUCGCUGGCGCGUGGGGAUUGGUAGUGAAGUAAGCUUCUGGACUGACAGGUGGUUACUCUCGGGUGUUAUUUUGGGUGACGUAGCAAUGGCUCCUAUUGCAUUUCCUGAUCUGCAUAGAUCCGUGGCAGAUUAUUUUGAUCAUAGUAGGCUACAGUGGCGUGUAGCAGAUUUCCAACACCUUAUUCCUGCUCAUAACUUUGCUGAGAUUUUGGCAAUGUCUCCUCCUUCAGAUGUAGUCGGCCAGGAUAGGAUUGUAUGGGGACUAACUAGCAAUGGUUUGUUCUCUUCUAAGUCCGCCUACGAAGCAAGGGCAAGGUCUGAUGCAGGGGAUGUUAGUCUCCCUUGGAGUCGUGUGUGGAAGUGGGAUGGGCCUUUCAAAGUAUCGAAUUUCUUAUGGCGAACCUUGAAUAAUGGGAUAUGGGUGAACAAUAGGAGAUGGCAGAGCCACUUGACUGAGGAUGCGCUGUGUCCGCUGUGCCAAGAGGAGCCGGAGACUACGCUCCAUUUGUUUCGUGACUGUUGCAGAGUGCGACCUUUAUGGCAGCAGCAUGUUCGUCCUUCUAUGCAGGCUUCCUUCUUUGAGUGUGACUUUCGACCAUGGUUGCUGAAUAAUCUCCAGAAUGAUUCGCUGCAGCCACUAUCGAGUGGGAUAUUCCUUAACUUUGGGCUUCUUCUUUGGUCGAUCUGGUCGUGGCGCUCUAAGUUUGUUUUCCAGGGAAUCACUUUUGACCUACACCAUGUUUUCACUUCAGCCUUGAGACUUCAACUGGAGCACUCUCAUAGCGUUUCGACUGUUCGUUCCUCUACUGUAGCUGGUAGUCGUAACUACACUGUGCAGCAAAUCCGUUGGGCACCCCCUCCACCCCAGUGGAUUAAAUGUAACACGGAUGGUUCAGUGCGUGGCUCUCCGGGCUUGGCAACCAGUGGCGGGGUUUUCAGGGAUGAGUUUGGUCAGUGGAAGCUUGGUUUCUGCAGGAAUCUUGGUUCUUCCAAUGUUUUAUGGGCGGAGCUUUGGGGUAUCUUCUCUGCUAUUUCGCUUGCUUGGCGCAGGAGUUUCCCCAAAGUAAUUAUUGAGAGUGAUUCCAGUGUUGCAGUUCAGCUUGUCACCCUUGGGUGUGACCCGUGGCAUCCCUAUGGUGGUCUUGUGGGGCAAAUUCGAGCUUGGAUGGAGAGAGCGUGGGAGGUUAGAGUUGUUCAUGUGAGGCGGGAGGCCAAUCAAGUUGCUGACUGCCUAGCUAAUAUGGCUCAUGAUUUAACUCUUGGGAUUCAUGUAAUUGAGAGGGCUCCCCCUAACUGUUCGUCGCUGCUUCUGGCUGAUGUUUCAGGGGUUUCUUUCCCCAGGUCUACUCGUGUGUAG